AACACUGUGAAGUGAUUGGCUCUCGAUCGCAAAUAGACUACUCUGAUUGGAUCGAACGAGCUGUCCGUCAACGUGUUCCACGCCGCUCUCUUCAGCGGUCGCUUACUUAUUUUUCCACAUUAAAUAACAACAAACGCUUCCAAAAUAUUAUCAUUACCGUCCAUAAACGACACACUUUAACGGAACCGGUUCCUGAAGGACAUGAGCGCCUUGUUGGCGGCCAGAGCUGUUGUGAUCUGGCUGCGGUGCUGGUGAAGGGGACAUGGGCCGCCGUCUCAACUCAUGCCACAACACGCUCCACAGCGCCACUGAAACGGACGAGGGUUCGGUCUUCACGCCAGGGCGACGUCAACAGGCCGCCAUCGGGUUCCAGGCUCUUGGUAGACGCUCCAAGUAGCCGUGUCUGAUGAGGAUGUCUGAUACUGUCAGUGAGACUAUGAGAGCUCUGGACGAGAACACCUCGAGCGCAGCCGACCACGACCUCAACACGUCACAGAGCCGGCCGCAAAACCAACACCACCAUGAAAACUGCAGCGACGACAGAGAGACGCAGCGGCAAAUACCCGGACAAGGCACUAAAAGAUCCAAGUCUAACACAAAGUUAAAGUUAGUUCGGAGCCUGGCCAUUUGUGAAGAACCUUCUCCUUCCACAAUUACCACACAACUUCCUCAAGACCACCAGGAUGGAGAUCAUAUUAAACUCCCCCAGACGUUUGACAAAGAUGAAUUGCCUCUUACUGCCAACGAGGAUGAUAAAGACAAAAGUGCCAACAAGCUUGAGAAACUGGAGAAAAUGCCACACAAGAUGCUGUCCAGAGAUUCCAGUCAGGAAUACACGGACUCCACUGGCAUCGACCUGCACGAGUUCUUGGUGAACACACUGAAGAACAACCCCAGGGACCGAAUGAUGCUGCUGAAGCUGGAACAGGACAUCCUCGACUUCAUCAGUAAUAAUGAGAGUCAGAGGAGAAGGUUUCCGCCCAUGACCUCCUAUCACCGAAUGCUCCUGCACCGAGUCGCUGCUUACUUUGGCUUAGACCACAACGUCGACCAAACCGGGAAAUGUGUCAUCAUCAACAAAACCAGCAAUACACGAAUACCAGAUCAGAAGUUUUCCGAACACAUCAAAGACGACAAGACGGAUGAUUUCCAGAAGCGCUACAUCUUAAAACGGGACAACUCCAGCGUUGACAAAGACGACAACAUGAUGCGAAUGAAACUAAAAGACGACAGGAGAAGCAAGUCAAUCGAGGAGCGUGAGGAGGAAUAUCAGAAAGUGCGAGAAAGGAUCUUUGCUGAUGGUUUAGACACCUUCCCGUUGGAUCAAAGGAUUCAAGAGGACGAGAUGUGUAACAACAUACAGCAGAGACGGCAGAUCUUCAGACUGAAAGACGGCCGGUCGGCAAACAGCCGACAAAGCAGCUCUGAGAACGAGGCCAAGUAUUCAGAGCCGCGUCCGUGGAGCAGCACGGAUUCGGACAGUUCCAACCGCAACCUGAAGCCUGCCAUGACCAAAGCCAGCAGCUUCAGCGGUAUCCCGGUUCUGAUCCGCGGCGACAGCUCCAGCAGCAGUAAGAGUGUGGGCCGGCUCUCAAAGACAGGUUCUGACUCUUGUAGUAGCGUAGGUUCGUCCACCGGUUCGCUCUCUCGAUCCCAGCCUCCCUCUGCCGCCGCGGCUCUAUCGCAGUCGAUGGCCUACCCUGCUGUCAGCGCUAGCAGCGGCGUUUCCUAUGAGCCGCCGGCGUCUACGGCUAGCCCUAGCUACUAUUUGCUUCCCCUGGAAGCUGCGGGGAUACCGGCCGGAAGUGUCCUGGUCAACCCGCAUACAGGUCAGCCUUUCCUGAACCCUGACAGCAGUGCUGUAGUCUACAACCCCAGUGUGACCUCACAGGCCUCCAGAUGUCAAUCAUCUGUAGCUCCGCCUCCAGCCGCUCACCAGCAGCACCAGCCCACCAAUCACGUCAUGUCACAGCUGGAACUAAAUCCAUUUCCUUCCUCUGUGUGUAUAUUUCCUCUUCCUGUUUGGUGUCUUCAGCCUCUCUGGUCUGUCCAGCCGUCCGCUCUGCCCGUCCAGCACUCCACGGUGUCUUACCCACCGAUCCUCACAAUGUCUCCUAACCAGCAGCUCACUGUGCAGGAUAAUCUGAGCGCCCAGUUCAGUCACAUGAUGAUGGUCCGGCAGGCCUCGGCAGACGCCCGUGACACUCACACAGCCAUUUACCCGUCGCCUGUGUCGCUCCAGACCCCUGCGCCUCCCCCGCCGCAUCAGGCCGGAUACAUGAUGCCCUCGCCAGGACAGAAUAUGCCCACACCUGCAUUCCCUGCGCCGCACACGGCCACCAUCAACCAGCAGCAGCAGCAGCAGCAGAGCUUCAUCCAGCAGCAGAUGCCGCCGUGUUACUGUUCACCCAGCCAGUACCCCGUGUCUGGACAGCCGUACCGGCCUAUGGGCUCGGUGCCGUACAGCGGCCCUCCGAGUCAGAUGCCCCCUGCACCCGCGCAGCCGACAGGUUACCAAACUGUGAUGCCAAAUCAGCAGCAGAACUACCAGAACGUCAUCCAGCCGCCACAGAAUCAGACGCUGGUCAGCAGCCAACACAGCAAUAUGGGAAGUCAGAUGCAAGGCAUGAUGGUCCAGUAUCUGUCAAUGCCAUCUUAUCAGGUGUCUGUGCCUCAAGGAGCCCCGGCUGUGCCGCAGCAGACGUAUCAGCAGCCCGUCGUCAGCCAUGCGCCCGUGCCUGGGUCCAGCAUUCAGGUCUACUACAGCAUCGUACCUCCUCACCAACAGAACGCCGUCAGCUCCUCCGUGGGGUUCUUGCCUCCUCCAGGAGCAGAGCAGAUGCCGUUCCACCGCACCUCGCCUCCCUGCAGCUCGCAACAGAUUCCCGCCCAGCAGUGCUCAGGUGCUCCGCCCCCAUCAGGUGGUAUGGUGAUGAUGCACCUGGCGUUACCUGCGUCGCAGCAGCUUCAGUCGCAUUCACCCCCGCAGUGGAAACCCAACAAAUACUACAGCUCUGAGCACACGCGCACACAGAAGCCCAGCGAGAUCUGCUGUCUGGACACGUCACGAAGCAGUCCACAGAUCGGCAGCCCGUCCAUCUCGCCGGCCCAGUCGCCCACACCUGCACACCUCACUACUGUAAAGAACAUCCGUCCCAGCCUCAACACUGUUCCCAUCAUGCCUCACUUCUCUAGAUCCUUCGUUUCCGGACAAGGUGACGUUCGCUAUCCUCUGCUGGGCCAGACGCUCCAGUACAGCCCUCAGAUUCGCCCUCCCUUACUUCAGGCCCCGCCCAUGAUGUCCAGUCAGGCUUCUGUAGGGAUUCGACACGCUGGUCGAGGCAGGAAGCCACACAGGAAAGCGCUUUCUACAGAUCUCAGUUGAUCGUCCGUGCGCCGCGGGCAUCAGUCGUACGGAGGCCUGUGCAGGACAGGAGCUUCAGGAUUUCUCUCGCCAAAUCUCCCUCCUCCAGCGCUGACCCCGCGGCCUCUAAACCGUCCUGCUCGCACACGCCGCACAGGACCUACAGCUCGCCCGCUUCAGACUCCCAACGACGCCGUCACCCUUCCACACGAGGGCGCUCUGACUGACUGACAAACAGACAGCCGGCGGGAGUUUGAGCUCUAGAAAACAAUCCGAACUGAAAGUGUUCUGCUCUCUCAUUGGACAGUUGACUGGAACAUAUCAAAAUGCAGCCGGAACUGUGUUGUUCUUUAUUUUUUUAUCUGCAUUUAUUGGUUUGUUUGUUUUUUAUUUGAAUAUUCUAGUAUUAAAACACGUCAGAUGGACUUUUUUUGGUUUGGUUUCCAGUCGUUCGCAUUUGUAUUUCUUCACCAGCCAUCGGCUCUCAGUGUGACGCGUUCGCACGCGGGUGUCGUGGUGUGCCUUCGGUCAGACGAACAAAGACGUCUCAUGUCAAACACCCUGCUUUUGUGUAAAUAAUUUAUGACGUAGCUGUAUAAUUCAGUUUCCUCUGAAUUGUGGGAAUAGACGCCAGUAAGAGCGACAGCAGCAUUUUUUAUGUUGUUGUUGUUGUUGUUUAUUUCCCUUGUUUUUUAAUUUAAGACAUUUAAAACCAAUCAUACGGCAUCUCAGCAGAUCAUUUUUAAUAAGUUGAACGGUUGUGUUUCUUGUUUUCACACGCGUCUUUUAAUAUAUUCUUACCGGGGAAAAAUAAAAAGAGAAAAACGACAAAAAGUUGCACAUUUAUACAAACUCAAUAUAUAUACAGAAAAAUCUAUUUUUUUCUUAUGAAAAUACGUGUGGAAGUCUGAAAGGCUGUUUAAUGUUUACUGGUGCAAGUCCAUUUUUAUUUCAGUUUUGAGAACCAAUAAAUGUUUACACCAAAUGAUCUACUUUAUCAAA